GAGCUACCGGAAGUGUUCUCUGCAUGCAGAAGCCUUCGCUGCACGAUACAAGCCAACUGAGCGCUCAGUAUGGGGGCAAGAGUAAGGCAAAGAAACGGGUUAUAAAUCCCACGAAAACACUCUGAUCUCGCUCAAAAUGACCGAAAAGGACUAUCUUCCUCUCACACAAAAUGUAGUAAGAGGACUCAACGAUAAAUUGUAUGAAAAAAGGAAAACGGCAGCCCUCGAAGUUGAACGCAUGGUCAAAGAGUUUGUCGCGAACAAUGAGGUGAAACAAAUAAAGAAACUAACUCAAGUCUUGGCCGAGGAUUUUGCCGUUUCACAUAACAGUCAUGCCCGCAAAGGAGGUUUGAUAGGACUAGCGGCCGCUGCGAUUGCCUUAGGCAAGGAUGCAGGGCUGUAUCUGAAAGACUUGAUCCCUCCUGUCUUGUCCUGCUUCUAUGACCAAGACAGUAGGGUUCGUUACUAUGCAUGUGAGGCCCUCUAUAACAUUGCCAAGGUCGCAAGAGGCUCUGUUUUGCCGUUCUUCAAUGAGGUCUUUGAGGGACUCAGUAAGUUGGCAGCAGACCCUGAUCCGAAUGUCAAGAAUGGGGCGGAGCUUUUGGAUAGACUUGUAAAGGAUAUAGUGACUGAGAGCUCCUCGUUUGAUAUCAUCUCAUUCAUGCCGCUGCUACGGGAGAGGAUCUACACAGCAAACCCUUAUGCUAAGCAAUUCCUGGUAUCAUGGCUGAGAGUACUAGAUUCUGUCCCUGAGUUGGAUUUGAUCAACCAUCUUCCUGAGUUUCUGGAUGGCCUUUUUGUCAUAUUCAAAGACAGAAGUGCUGAGAUCAGAAAAAUGUGUGAGGCUUUACUUGGAGAGUUUCUUAGAGAAAUCAUAAAGUCUCCACAAACUGUCAACUUUGCAGAAAUGAUCAAUAUUUUGGUUCUUCACUCGCAAUCAGAGGAUGAGGUAAUACAGUUCACUGCGUUGUCUUGGCUCAAGGAGUUUAUCACACUUUCUGGCCGUACAAUGCUCCCAUUCUGUGCGGCUGUUAUCAAGGCGGUCCUUCCCUGUGUGUCCUAUGACCAGGACAAACAGAAUAUUAAAGAGGUUGCCAAGGCUGUCAAUCAGAGUAUGAUGCGUCUUAUCACCGAGGAUGAUGACAAGGAAGCAGAUGCCAUCUCAAUGGAGUGUGAUAAUGAUAUAACGGUGGUUCAGGUUCAUUUGGACCUUGGACCUGUUGUGGAGGUCCUUACCAAACAACUGACUCACAAGUCCAUACAAACAAGGAUCGCCAUGCUUAGAUGGGUCCUGUUGCUACACAUGAAAACACCAAAUAAGUUAUUUCUACAGAUUGAGAAGCUGUUUCCUGAAUUACUCAAAACAUUGUCAGAUCCAUCAGAUGAGGUUGUACUGCUUGACCUUGAAGUAUUAGCUGAGAUAUCUGCGUCAGCUGCCGGUCCCCCUAGGAACACCCCACCUUCCCCUCUCACCCCAGCCUGGUCGGCAGGGCUGUCUGACGCAUCCCCUCCAAGACAGCUCAACAAGUACUUCCAUAAGUUCAUGCACAGUCUUAUGCUACUGUUCCGGACAGAGCGGAAACUUUUAGAGGAAAGAGGCUCCUUCAUACUCAGGCAGCUUUGUUUAUUGUUGAAUGUCGAAGAUAUUUACCGGUCGCUGUCAGAGAUUCUAAUCCAAGAGGAAGAUCUGCAGUUUGCUGCUCUGAUGGUGCGCUACCUGAACAUGAUCCUUCUAACGUCAGGAGAACUCUUUGAUCUCAGAAUGCAACUCAAAGAUCUUCAGACUGCUGAAAGCUGCUCCCUGUUCUGCUGCCUGUAUCAAUCCUGGGCGCAUAACGCAGUGGCGACAGUCUCCCUGUGUCUUCUUACACAGAACUACAAGCACGCCUGUGACCUGCUUAUGAUUUUUGGUGAUUUGGAGGUUAAUGUGGAUUUCCUGGUCCAAAUAGACAAGUUGGUACAACUCAUAGAAUCGCCCAUAUUUACGUACCUUCGCCUUCAACUAUUGGAUACUGGGCGUAAUUACUAUCUGCUGAAAUCUCUGUACGGACUUUUGAUGCUUUUGCCUCAAAGCGAUGCGUUCACCACACUUAGGCAUCGACUGGAUUGCGUGCCUAACGGACGAGUACUCGCAGACCAGACGUCAAGUGAUCAAGCGCAGAAUGAUAUGGAGACGCGGGAGAACGUCCAGCGGAUAAACUUCGAAGAACUCAAGCAACACUUCAAAGCUGUUCAGAGGAAACACCUAAUUGCGAAACAUAGAGGCUCAGAACACCAAGCCAGGAACUUGCUAAACGCUUGAAGAGACGAUAAUUCGGCUGUUCGGAUGGUCUGGACCGGACACGUCCGUUAACCAGGGCUUUCCUAAAUGCUUGAAAAGGUGAAAACUCAGCUGUCCGGAUGGUCUGGACAGAACUUGUCCGAGAAUCAGGCCAAGGCUUUGCUUAACGCUCGAAGAGAAGCAGACUCUGCUGUUCUGGAGGUCUGGACCUGACAUGUCUGAGAACCAAGGCAAGCAUUACACUAAACGCAUAAAGAAUCGAAAACUGGCAACCGACGUGUCCGAAAACCCAGGCCAGAAACACACUGUGCGCAUGAAGAGGCGAUAAUUCAGCUGUCCGACUGUACUAAUGAAAAUACCUGAACCCAACUAACUUUGCACCGGACAUAUCCUUGACCAACAAGUACUACGCAAAGGCUGAGGUACUAUGAUGUCUUGGAACGGUGACGACCGAAGACAGCCUCCUCCGCCUUACUUACAAAUCCUCUCAAAUUUUUCUCAUUUAAGCGGGCCUUGAGCUGGGUGGUUCUUUCGAACCCUCCCCCUCCCUGACUUACGUGCCUAAAUGUAUGAAUAUUUUAGUGGAGGGGGUGGGGUUUGUUGUGUGUGUUGGGGGGGGGGGGGGGGGGGCGGCGUUUAGCGUAUGCGGUCUUACGAAACAAAGCAAAUUAACCUGAGAAAAUGAUAGUGUAGCACGAGAAAUUACCUGACCAAACUAUUUGGAUUUCUGUCAAGUCUGACGUCCCGUGUGGAUAGCGCCAACAUUGCGCAGCAUUUCUUGACAAAGAUUAUGUAGGCAAAGUCUUUUAACGAUGUUUUUUUACAUGGGGUUAGAUAUCUUGAAAGUGACAAAAAGAGGAACUUUUUAAAUCUUAUGGAAUAAAUGAUAAAAAAUUAAAAGUUUGAAUAACGUGUGCUUAGAGUAGUUUUCGUAGAAUAGAAUAAAGACAUACAUAUUUUGCUAUAGACAAUAGCAAAAAUGAAAAAAAUGUAUAAGCUUAUUGCGUCGAAGUACGCGCAUUUCCAUAAUAAAGUUUUGAAAAAAUAA